UCUGUCAAAUAUGAUAUUUAAAUAAACAAAAAUAAAUUAUAACAAAAGCGAUUUGUUACUCAAAAGCAUCCGAGUGAACCUCUUUUCAUCUAUGUCAUUUCAAUCGAACGCUUGAGGGCAGCAUCUAUCUGAUUUUAAGAAAAUUCAAAGAAAAAAUUUUAAUAUUAAAAAAUUUUAAUUUUAAUAAUUAAUUCUUCAACUUUAAGAUACGCACGCGAUCUUCGACCAAUCGCCCCUGAUCCUUCAAUUAAAUUGAUAAAAUUAUUAUUAUUAUUGUACAUAUUGAUUAUUUCUUGCUGAAAUGAUAGAAAUCACCCCAAACGACUAUUCCUUAAUUUAAAGAAAUACUAAGCCUUGAAAAUAUUAAAGAUGUCAAGAUUUAACUUAAGAUUCGCAGCGAGUUGCUCAAAGAUUGACGGCGAGGAAAGAUUGCAAUUUGCACAUCAAUUUCCCUUGCCUCGCCUUCCCUCGUUGUCCUGACAACGUUGCAAUCGAAUCGUUUAUUCCGCGCGCGAUCUGCGGAAUAUUUCUCGUUUCCUCUUUCAUAACCCUAGACUUCGUUUUCCUUUCUUCCUCGUCAUCAAGCGUAUUCUCGUUAGCAUGGCCAAGUUCGUGAGCACCUAUGAGAAGCCUCUGCCUCAUAUUGGGUUACCGGACUGGUACACCAAGCAAUGGGAGCUUCGACAGAGCGCGGAUGUCAGAAGAUCCGAGGUUUGCCGGCUACGCAAUGCGAGCAAAACUGCUCGUUCCGAGGGGAAUGUGAGAACGAAAUGGGAUAUCUACAUGAAUGACGCUCGCAUAGCGGACAGAGUGUUAGAGCUAUCGAGAUGGAAAGACGUCCUCGAGGACUUGUUACAAAAAUUACUAAUCGAGAUACGCUUAUUAAGAGACGAAAAAGCUAACACGGAGAAGGAAAUUGAGAGCAUUACCCAUCCUAUGCACGUCACCAGCGAAUGCAUCUCGACGAGGGAUUGCCGUCGAGAAACUGAACUCACGUAUGAUGAGGCUGAUAUUGAGCUGAAGAAGGAACUCUGUACGAUUACAAGUAUUCACGAAGCGUUGACUAAGAGAGCUCAGGCUGCUUGGGAAAAAUUGAAGCACUUGGAAGCUGUCAAGUUUAAGCUUAACUUGGACAUAGAGGAUAAGAAUGAAACUAUCAGAAUAGAUAGGGAGAAUCUGGAAAUGGACCGUGCUUAUGCAAAUAUAAGUUACAAGCCGAAAACAGUUAUUGAUAAAGCAAAUUCAAUUACGUACGAGGUUUGGCUGGACCGAUGUCAUCAUUCCAAGUUGUCUGUCGAAAAUGAAUUGAAUGAGUGUUACAGGUUCCGUGAAGCAACACGUGCAAUGAAAGAACACGCUCGAAACGAUAUUAAAGCCCAGCAAGACGUGACAGAUUACACUUUGAGGAAGAGAAUUUAUCAAACGCAGAAAGCCAGAAAUGAGAUGGAUUGGCAAAAGCUCAAGAUGCAGAAGGAAAUGGAGACGUUGAAGAAUGAAAUAAGCCAGCUGGAAAGCACACUGAUGAGUAAAGCAGACGUGGUGAAAUGUGUGGAAACACGACUGGAGAAUCGUGUUCAUCGACCUGGCUCAGAACUCUGUGAGGACCAAGUUGAAUCAGGCUUGAAGAACGAAGCCCUACAAUUGAAACAGACCAAAGAGGAGCUCGUUAAGAUGAUCGAGUAUACAAAAGCGAGCUACAACAAUAUGGAAUCUUUGCUUGCAUGUAUCGAAAAAAAUUUGGAAGACAAACAGCACUCUCUGAACACAGACGUUAUGUGCCUGGACAUGAGAGCAUCGCUGAAGACAGGAGACAGAUCGCGUUUACCUAACGAAACUGACCGUAAUAUCGUAUUGACACACAUGGAGAAAGAGAUUCCAUCGGAAUCCUAACUCGACUGUUUCACUCAUUUGGAUUUUUGGAGGACAAUUCUAUUCCUUCUAACUCUUUGCAGAGUUCGUCUUCUUCUCUCUAGCGAGAAAAGGAGGAAAGAUGAACCGUACAAGAAAUCAGCUAGGAAAAGAUAAUUUGUACCUAUUUCUCUUAAGAUUAGAAAAACUCAUCGAUGCUUUAUCUCCAUUUAUAUCGCGUAAGAAAACAAAUAUCUCAAUUAAAAUUUGAUUCGUUGUCA